UCAUAAACCUGGCAUUUGGCUUAUGUAUAUUAAGCACUGAAAUGUUGCUAGUUAAUUAUGUGAAUAAAAAUAUUUUAGUUUUAAUUACCUUUUAUACAAUUGUGAUAGCCAAUGAUCACGUGGACAACAACCCUGAAUGUGAUGCCGAAGAGCAAGAAGUGGAAGAAUGCGGUCGAAGAAUGGUUUUAAUUGGAAGACAACGAAUGCCACAAACUGUCGAUGAAUUGAAUAAGUUUUGCAGUAAUUAYAAAAAGGAAGAGAAAUGUCUUAGAAAUCAUUCCGUGAAGUGUUUGUCGCCAUCGGCUCACCAAACGGUCACUAUUUUAAUCAAUAGUGUCGUCUCACAGAACCAGAGGAUCUGUUCGAAGAAUUGGCGGACAAAGAAGCUCAUCAUCAGUGGUGCCAAAUGUCUUAACAAAUUGAAUGCAAAACAAACCAAUUGUUUGCAACAAUUCAUUGAUAGAGUUCAAGGGAUUCAUCAGUUGUCACAAAACGCCAAAAUGCCUGUUAUUUGUUGCAAUUAUCAUAAGUAUCGCAAAUGUGCCACAAAUCAAGUGACCACCGAUGACCACAUGUGUGACGCAAUGACCACCAAAACUAUAGAGUCUCURAUCGAUGGCUAUUCCGGUGAUGUUAUUAACUAUGUCUGCGAUUUGUUUAAAAGUUAUGACCAAAAGUGCGAUACAAUGGCUAAUAUGAAUGCCGUCGGCGGCGGCGCCGCCAACGCCACCGUCGAAGAGAUACCCAAAAGUUUCUUCUCAUUAAUGGUUAAACUAUAUCUCAGUUAAUACUUAAUUAAAAUACUUUAUUAUUAUUAUUAGUGACAAUUGAUUAAAUGGGUUAAAUGUAAGCAAUUGUAUGGGAUUUUGUAAAAUAAAAAUUUUGCGUUAAU